ACAUCCAUAGUAGUGACUUUAUCUUGUCUCUAUCGAAAUAAGAAGAGAUCAUGUCUCAUCGUCUAUACUGUUUCGAGUCCCUACUCUAUUCGGAUUCUACCGGUCAUCGCCGUUGAAGCGUCCAGUCUGCGGGGUGGACUUUUGUCAUCACGAGCCUCGGGACUAUUCUGCAGGACAAGCGUGUGCCUCGUAUCUCAUCUAAGAAUCUAGCAGUAUUGAUUCUUUUGUUCUGGUUCUUCUUUUAUGUCUAUACUUUCGGUGGACUAUGAAUUUCGACGCGACAGGUCUUCCACAGCCGCGCCAACGCCCAGCACGGCUUUAUCAUAAGAAGUCCCGAAAUGGGUGCCUUAGAUGUAAAGCGCGUCGGGUCAAGUGUGACGAGAGACGACCCUCCUGCGGUAGCUGUGCGCGGCACAUGGUAUCUUGCAUUUACCAAAAGCCAAAUCUCCCGUCAAAGCCGUCACCAAAUCGGAAGAGCAAUGGAAGCUCGAUAAGCCCUCCGUCAAUGUCCACUCCAUAUGGAGACAAUUCGACCGGCUCUCCAGCAAGCAGGAGCGAGGCCGUGUCUGAAGAGUUUCUGCUGGGCCUUAAUGAUGGUGAUGAAAUCCCAGAGUCGAAAUCAAGACGACUCCUGGAGCUCCAAUUACUUCAAAACUACUUGACAAAGCUCUCGCAGCCUUUCCCGCAGACGCCAGAAGCAGACGGAAGUGCAGUGUGGCCUUUUCUCGAGGUUCCGCAGAUGGCUUUGCAGCAUGAUAAUCUCCUGUACGCCAUGUUCUCUAUAUCUGCUACGCAUUUGCUGAGAACUCAGCCAAACAAUGCGAAGCUACUUGCGGCCCGUCAGACAUAUCUAGGACUGGCAUUGCGCAAACAACGUGAAGCAGUUUCGCAACUAAGUGGUCAGAAUGCCGAUGCGGUCUGCUUCGCUUCCACUCUGAUCCUCAUUGAUGCUUUCGCGACACUCGAGGGACGGGAUAUCACGCCUUAUCUUCCACCGAUGGAAUGGUUACAUAUGGGUAGGGGAGCUGCAACCGUCUUCACCGUUGCCAUGAAGAGCGGGCUGGAUAGCGAAAUGUCGAAGAUCAUGUCAUUGAUCGAUGCACCUCCAGUUUCACUUUUAGACAAUGAAAACACCAUGUUUGCAGAGAAGUACUGGAAAGACUUCAGAAAUCUACUCCGUGACGACAUCGGUGGUGGAUACGAAGACCUCUCCGACAUGGAGACUCUCCAGGCGUAUCAAAGAACUCUCAGCUUCGUCGGAUCCGUGCACCAGGCCGUCAUCGACGGAGAACCGAUUCACCCUCUAUGUCGACGAUUAAUGGCCUUCUCUCCGCUUAUUCCGAGAAAAUUUAUCGAUUUUGUCGAGGAACGGAGACCACGCGCGCUUGUUAUACUUGCUCAUUAUUUUGCUCUUGCUUCGAAAGUACGAUCAGCCUGGUGGAUGGGGAAGACGCCUGAGCGGGAAAUCCGUGCAAUAAUGAUGGUACUGCCACCAGCGUGGCAGGAGCAUAUGCACUGGCCGCUGGCAAUGACAGGUUUAAUACCUGGUUGAAAUUGAACCAGUCCUGCUAGUCAUGGCUAACGGUUAACUAUGACUGUGUACUGUACCAUAUCUACGUGAAUGUUUCAGAGCGGGCUUGAGACAUCUAGUGGUUCUAUAUAGCAUCAUCGAAAGAGUUUAUUCUUUUUCUUUAAUUCGUAUCUACCAUGUUAUCGACCUACUGGUAUCGCUCUGGCAUACGACUCUAUGUUAGAAGGAGGUCUCCGUCCGGAAAGCAGACGCGAAACCGAGAACGCAGCCAGCUUUCUAUAAAUUAGGGUGUCUUCUUAUAAGACUGAGUUCUUUGCUCCUUUCAGUCUUUCGAACGGAAUACUAGCUUCAAAUGGAGAGAAGGAGAAGGAAAUAUCAAUAAAUGAGUU